GGUUACUCCAGAAGGUGAGAAUCAAGAACUUUUCAAGCAAGAUCUCAUGAAGGAAAUUCGCAACCUCAAGGCAAGUCUCGCUUCAAACCGCUCCAAUAGUAAUCGAAGACUGGUGUGUUUCCAUUGUAAUCAGCUGGGACAUAAGAAGUUUGAGUGUCUGCAGAGGAAAUCAUAUCAGGCCAACAGAACGAACUUUCCUUCCAAUGAAAACACACAAAAUUCGGGAAAAGACUUGGAGCGCCAGUAGGUAACGAGGUUACUGGUGCUCCGUAUCAAGAAAAAUCCUUGUUGAAGCCCAGUGGUGGAACUGGUGGUGCGAAGUCUGGUGCUUAUUUGGUG